AUGGCAGCAGGCGCCGAGCAGCAUCGCCUGGGCAGCAGCAACGGCAACAUGGCGGCGCUGGACGACGACGGCGGCGACGACGACGGCUACUACGAUCUCGGCAGCUUCCACCGCCCCGUCACCACCUCGAGCGCCGCCGCCCAGCGAUGGUUCGACCGCGGCAUGGUCUGGUGCUACGGCUUCAACCACGAGGAGGCCGCCAAGUGCUUUGAGCGCGCCGGCGCCCACGACCCGGCCUGCGCCCUCGCCCAUUGGGGGCUGGCCUAUGCCCUCGGCCCCAACUACAACAAGCCCUGGGACCUGUUUAGCGGCCGCGAGCGGCGCACCACGGCCGACAAGACACACGCCGCCGUCGAGCGAGCGAGCUCCGCCGCCUCCCGCGGCGCCUCUCCCGUCGAGCGCGCCCUCAUCGCCGCCCUGCGGCACCGCUACCCGCGCCCCGAGGCGCCCGCCAAGCCCGACUUCAGCAUCUGGAACCGCGGCUACGCAGACGCCAUGGCUGCCGUCUCGGCCCGCUUCCCCGACGACCUCGACGUUGCCGCCCUCUACGCCGACGCCAUGAUGAACAUGACGCCCUGGAACCUGUGGGACAUUCGCACCGGCUUGCCCACCGCCGACGCACGCACCCUCGAGGUCCGGCGGGUGCUGGAGCGCGCCCUCGCCCAGCACGGCGGCGACGAGCACGCGGGCCUGCUCCACCUAUACAUCCAUCUCAUGGAGAUGUCGCAGAUGCCCGAGGUGGCCAUGCCCGCCGCCGACAAGCUGCGCGGCCUGGUCCCAGACUCGGGCCACCUCAACCACAUGCCGAGCCACCUCGACAUCCUGGUGGGCGACUAUUCUCGCGCCGUCGUCGCCAACACGGAUGCCGUCCGCGCCGACCAGAAGUUCCUCGUCCGCCAGGGCCCCAUGAACUUCUACACCCUCUACCGCAGCCACGACUACCACUUCCGCCUCUACUCGGCCAUGUUCGCCGGCAAGUCCCGCGUCGCGCUCGAGACGGUCGACAUGCUCGAGGCCAGCGUCUCCGAGGACCUGCUGCGCGUCGAGUCGCCGCCCAUGGCCGACUGGCUUGAGGCCUUCCUGGCCAUGCGCGUCCACGCCCUCAUCCGCUUUGGCCGCUGGAAGGACGUGCUGGCCAUCAAGCUGCCCCGCGACCGCGAGCUCUACUGCGUCACCACGGCCCUCGUCCACUACGCCCGGGGUAUGGCGCUGGCCGCCACUGGCCGGGUGGACGAGGCCGACGAGCAGCGCUGCCUGUUCCGCGAGGCCGUGCCCCGGGUCAAGCCGACGCGCACCCUCUUCAACAAUAAGUGCAUCGACAUCCUCUGCGUUGCCCAGGCCAUGCUCGACGGCGAGAUUGAGUACCGCGCCGGCAACUUUGACGCCGCCUUCGCGCACCUCCGCGAAUCCAUCGCGCGGUACGACAAGCUGCCGUUUGACGAGCCGUGGGGUUGGAUGCAGCCGGCCCGCCACGCCUACGGAGCGCUGUUGCUCGAGCAGGGCCGCGCCGACGAGGCUUGCGCCGUCUACAGCGCCGACCUGGGCCUCGACGACUCUCUCCCGCGCGUCCACCGACACCCGAACAACGUGUGGGCCCUGCACGGAUACCACGAAUGCCUGCUGAGGCUGGGGAGGACAGCCGAGGCCGCCGCCGUGGAGCCACGGUUAAAGGCGGCGCUGGCACAGGCGGACGUGCCCAUACGCUCGUCGUGCUACUGCCGGACAGUGCCUCCAAAAAUAUGA